CUGCCCUGGCGGAGCAGGUGGCGCUGCAGCUCGGGGUCCAGCGUGACCAGACCUUCUUCAUCAAGGACGAGCUCGAGAUGAUGCAAGCUUUCCUGAUGGCCGUUGACAAUUACCGGGAGCGCAACAGCAGGGCGGUCAAGGUAUGGGUCAAGCAGGUCCGGGACGUGGCCUACGAAGUCGAGGACUGCCUCCAGGACUUGCCGGUCUGUCUGGAAAAGCUGUCCAGGUGGUGGCGUGGCGCGGGCACAUUGAUGGCCCAUCGCCGUGUGGCCAUGCGGAUGAAGGAGCUCAGGGCUAAGGUGGAGGACGUCAGCCAGGGGAACAUGCGCUAGAACCUCAUCAACAGCUCAGCUGGUGUCUCUAAGCACACCACCGGCACCUCCAAUGGCAGUAGCAGCGCCGAUGCCUUGCUGUUUGGCAUCAAUGAAGGGAGGAGUAUAUGACCAGGCAGCAGGACAAGGCAAGUGUGGAUCUCGCCCAACUGAUCAACACGAGGGGCGAUGAUCUCAGAGUGAUCUCGGUGUGGGGAGCAGGUGGUGGCCUCGGGCAAACGUCCACCAUCCGGUCGGCCUACGAAAACCCAAUGUAAAGGUGAACUUUCCAUGCCGGGCACCUCAGAAUUAGUUGACCAUCACCUUGAGUGCAUCGGGAAGCUUCUUCACAUGAGAUACCUCUCUCUAAGAGGAUGUGAUGGCAUUUAUCACCUGCCUGAUUCGUUGGGUAACCUGAGGCAACUCGAAACUAUAGACAUCUCGAGUACACGCAUAAUAAGGCUGCCAUGGACCAUCGUCAAGCUUAGUAAGCUACGGAACAUUUGUGCUGGGGCCAUAGAAGAUAACGAUGAUGACAGACUUGAAAUCAAGACAUGUCAAGAAGAUCUACCCGAGGUAAUGAGAAACAGGCUGUGUAACAUUACUUGCUCUUCAAUUUCAUUUUGUGUGGCAUGCUGUGCACCUCAGCUUCUGGAAAAGAAGAUGGGUAUGGAUGUCGACGUGAACAGGCGUGACGUAUGCACCAUGUGCUGCUGCAACAUAUUACCUCUAUUGGCCACGCGGCAAAGUACACGUGGUGUUGCAGUGCCAAGAAGAAUUCGCAGACUGAAAGCCCUGAAAACAUUGGGUAUUGUCAACAUCACACGGGCAAAAGCCGUUCUGCAAGACAUAGAAGAGCUUACCCGGCUGCGCAAGCUAGGAGUGAUUGGCGUCAACAAGAGAAGCAGUCAAGAUUUGCUUUCGGCAAUUGCAGGUCUCAGCUGCUUGGAAUCGUUGUUAGUGCAGUCACUGGGAUAUCCUGGUUUAUCUAGCUGCUUAGAUGGCAUAUCCUCACCUCCAGCAAAUCUUCAGAGCCUCAAGCUGUUAGUACAGUCACUGGGAAUCCUGCUUUAUCUAGCUGCUUAGAUGGCAUCUCCCCGCCUCCAGCAAAUCUUCAAAGCCUCAAGCUGUACGGCAACAUUGUAAAAUUGCCCGAAUGGAUCCAGGGGCUCACAAAUCUCGUCAAGUAGAGGCUACAGGGCUCAAGGAUUGUGGAGCAUGAUGCUGCCACACAACUCCUUGCGAAGAUACCGAAUCUGUCUACUCUGCGCCUGUGGAGGGAGUUGUUCGUGGGCAAGGAGGUUCGUUUCAACUUCUGUCAAGGUGCAUUCCCGAGCCUGGUUGUACUGGAGCUGGAUCACAUAGCUGGUCUGAAAUCGGUGAAGUUUGAAGAAGCCACCCCGAAGCUCGAGCUGCUGCAGUUUCGUGACUGGACUUCUCAAGCCAGCACUGGGUUGUUUACUGGGCUGCCAUCACUCCCAAGCCUUAAGGAGUUCAUGCUCAUGGAGUUCCACAACGGCUACAAGGAUAGUUUUGUGGAAGAGCUGAGGGGUGAGCUGGCAAAGAAUCAAAACCAACCGGCUUUGAAGAGGCACUGAACAGACCUCUAUAUUUAUCGAUUUGAAGCUUCCAUUUUAUUUUCAACCGAUUCAUUGUGUUUCUUAUGGAAUUGUUUCUUGUGUUUCUUUGUAAUGUAUGUGUCUGUUACACAUCUGUCAGUUUCAGUAACCGUGCUAUGAAGAAUAAGUUGCGUACUAAGGCAUUGUAACACAGAACUAGAAAUC